UCCAACGGAGCUCCGUUUUUUAAAAGGGAAUUCGAGGUGUGGCGUGGCUCUUUUCAGCCUUUGGUGCCUUUGGUUUAUGGAUGAAAAGGCAUUAGCACGCAUUAAACAAGAGGAGCAGCGUCGCCAAGGUCUCCGUUUGCAGCAGGUGAGGGCCCAAGCUCGUGAGGAGGCCAGGAGGGUGCGGGAGCGUGUCGCUGCUAGGAAAGAGGCUGCACUCAGGACAGUGGCCAACCUGCCCCAGAAGCCCGGCAAGCCACCUCUCGAAGCACCCAAGAAAUUGAACGAAGGCAGCUCGUCCCAGCUGGCUUCACGGCGAGCCUUACAGCCCACCACAAACCGGGACGGGCAAGGAGCAGCCUCCACCAUGUCCAAGCUGCCUGCAAGGAUUCCUUCCUCCGCCAAAGUGCUCGGUUCCCCAGAUGACGUGGAAAACGUUCCCCCGGCUCCCUCGUUGCCAUGGACAAAAGCGGCUGGGAACGACGACAGAUCUCAAGGCACGUCUUGUGCGGCGGUCACUGCUGCCAACCCCCUGGCGAGAGCUCUGUCGGAGAUGACGCUCAAGCAGAGGGAGCUCUUCGGGGAGACCGAGCAGGAUCUUGGUCGUGGAGUUGCCGCCUCCAGUCCUACUCCUGCCAGGGCUGCCACACCCAAGAGGCUACCCCCGGGCGGGCUCUCGUCGCCGCGGCUGCCCACCCCCGCCUCUGCCAAGACGUCCGCUCAGGGAAAGGCACGCCUCCGAGAGUUCUACAUGAGGCUGCUCGACGACUGCGGAACCCAGACGUCAGGCACGCCACUCAAGGAGGUGCAGUCAAAGGCAGCUGGAUCCAGUGGCACUUUUUAUGGAUGCUCCGCGGACCACCAACCGUUGGCAGCUGACGUUGCGGUGGGUGCAGACAGGCUGUGGUCACGACCGCCACCACUGCCCAAGAUGGUUGCAGCGGUGCCACUGCCAUCGUCGCCACCUGCACAGGGGGACGCUCCGAGAACAUACACCGGCGAGCCGGCUUGCGUCGCCAAGAACGAGAGCCCGGACAGUUUCCUGGUCCACACCACUUCUCUCGCCAACGUCACCCACAGGAGACGGCGACGGCGCCAAAGCUGGGGCUCGCCCCUUUUCCUCGCCUCGUCACCCACCGUUGCCGACGCGUCAUCUGCCACGGUCGCAGCGUCGCCCGUCGCGACGUUCCAGACGGUGGCUCUGGCGUCGUCCGUCGCAGCCGGAGCGUCUCCCGCGGCGGUGGACGCAUUGCGGCGGGUGGCUCGAGUAUCGCCGCUUUCGGACGACUCGGAGGAGAGCCCGCGCUGGCUGCCGCCCCCGGUCCGGAUGCGCCAGUCUUUCGGCCUCAACAUGGAGGCACGUCUGGAGGAGCUGAGGCUGGAGCGGGAGGAGGUGUGGCGGCCCCUUGUGUGCCGGCCGCGGGCGGCACCCUCGGAGGGCUCUUCCUCACCGGCCUCGCCCUUUGUGCCAGACACGUCUCAACUCGAGAACCCGAGUUCGUGCGACGCGGCCGCCGCCGGCACCCCGUUUCGUGCCGAUAUCCGGGGGGCGUCUCCUCCUUGGUUCGCGGCGACUCGGAGCAUCGUGCAGGCGAGGGGAGGGACUGCUCCAUCGCCUCUCGCUUCCCCUGGAACCACGUGCAUCCGAAGCAGUCCGGUGGAGGAUUCUCCGGCGAGCCGCGACUCUGAGCCCUCGGAGCGUUGGCAGGGCUCUCCCUCCUCGGAGGGGGAGGACGACGGGUGGGUGGAAGAGCAAUGGGAGAAGAGGCCACGCCCCUGCCCUCCCCCUCGCCUGCUGGCCAAUCAAGAGGUGCUGGUGCCACGCAUGCUCAGCACCAUCGCCGAGAUGGAGACCCCGGACCUGUCUUCAUCCACGGGCACCAGCAGCUCUGCAGAAUCGGGAAGGGCAGCUGCUUGCGUGCCAGUGCCUCGCCCGGGCCAGGCCAGCGGCGGCAUGGAGCACCUCUUCAGCACUGUGGAACAUCAGCUGGACAAGCUCCAGUCGGGACUCCGGUCCCUGCCCAAGCCUGCCUGCGACUCUCCCCGUCAACAGCUGCAAUCUGAGGCGACUUUUGAGGAGACUCAGCUCGUCAAUGUGGAGCAGCCGACGCUCAUCGGGGCCGACUUCUCCCUGAGCAGCGUGGCUCCCGAGAGGUCGCCGACAAAGGAGGCGGGGCCUGUGCGAGACCCCCUGAUGCACCAGUGGCUGCGGGACCAAUGGCUGCGCGACCAGUACUCCCUGCUCUCCUUCGAGAGGCACGAGGAGAGCCUCGCCCAGGCCGACCUCUAAUCGACGACGUCGACACCCU